AUGUGGCAGCCAACUUCACCAGGCGAAGAGCCCGCGCAACCUGCUCCUCACGGCCAUGCCCGGACACUAUCAAUGAAGCAGAAAAACCCAGGUCGCUGGUUCGGCCAGGUCGUCAAGCUCAAGAAGGACCGCGUGGACGAGUACAAGGCCUGCCACGCCAAGGUUUGGCCCGAGGUUCUCAAGCAGAUCAAGGACUGCGGGAUAGAAGACUACAACAUCUUCUAUGACGACGGCCUGGGACUGCUCUUUGCUUCGUUUAGGUACAUCGGUUACGACUACGCUGGGGAUAUGGAGAAGAUGGCGGGAAAUCCAAAGGUGCGCGAGUGGUGGAAGAUGACGGACAGCAUGCAGGAGAGCUUGGUGGAGGGAGCUGUGAGCUCGGAGGCCGGAACGCCGUCUUGGUGGAGGCCGAUGGAGCAGGUGUUUUUCCAGCCGUGA